UUGAUGGGUUUAUUUGAGAAAAGAAGAUUUCGCACGUUUCUUCAAUUUGUGGAUCAGUUUAAUAUUGAUGACCAAAAAACAUGGAAAGGAUAUGACCUCGGAAACAUGACAAUGAGGGCAAUAUACGAAAAGUUUGGAUUGGAUGAAAAUACGGCUGAGUUCACUGGACAUGCACUUGCUCUCUAUCUUAAUGAUGAUUAUUUAAAUCAGCCUGCAAUUGAAACCAUUCCUCGCAUACAAUUGUAUAGCGAAUCAUUGUCAAGAUAUGGUAAAUCACCAUAUCUUUACCCACUUUAUGGACUGGGAGAGCUUCCCCAAGGAUUUGCUAGGUUGAGUGCAAUAUACGGCGGUACUUAUAUGUUAGACAAACCUAUCGACGAAAUCGUCUUAGAGAAAGGUAAAGUUGUUGGUGUGAAAUCUGGAGGAGAAAUAGCAAGAUGUAACAUGGUCAUUUGUGACCCUUCAUAUGCCCCAGAGAGCUGUAAAAACUUUGGCAAAGUAGUUCGUGCGAUCUGUAUUUUGGAUCAUGCUAUUCCAAAUACAAGCGAAGCUGCUUCUUGCCAAAUAAUCAUCCCCCAGAAACAAGUCAACAGAAAAUAUGAUAUUUAUGUUUCAUGUGUCAGUACGGCUCACAUGGUGACAGGCAAAGGAUUUUACCUGGCCAUUGUUUCAACCACUGUAGAAACCAGUAACCCAGCUUUAGAACUUCAGCCAGGAUUAAAUUUGCUCGGAUCGAUCAAAGAAAAGUUUGUAUCGAUUGCAGAUCAGAUGGAACCUUUGACUGAUGGUUCAGAUAGCCAGAUUUUUAUAUCAAAGACUUAUGACGCUACCAGUCAUUUUGAAACAACUUGCUUGGAUGUGUUGAACAUCUUUAAAAGGGCAACAGGAGCAGAUUUUGAUUUUAGCAAAGUUAAACACAAUCUAGAAGAUCAAGAAUAAAAAACAUUUGAAUUUCAUUUAUAAUGAAACCCAAAUGAAUUGUAUUUCCAGUUAUUUGUCCGUAAAAUAACAUUAUUUGUA